CGAAUGAGGAUGACAAAUCCAAACCGGCCGGUUCCGACGGAGAACGAAGAGGCGUCAAGAGACAACGCGACGAGAAAGACGAGCACGGCCGGGCUUACUACGAAUUCCGCGAGGAGGCUUACAACAGCCGAUCCAAGUCGCCGCCACCGCCGGAAGAAGAACCGAGAGAAGACGACGACGAAACCGUCGUCAUUCUGGACACCUAUACUUCGGAUCUUCAUUUCAAAGCCAGCAAAGAUCGUUACGGGGGUCAACCCCUCUUUUACGAAAAAUUUCCUUCUCUCUGGUCCGGAGCCCGGAGCACCCACGGAGUCACCAAAGGGAAAAUCUGCUUCGAGGCGAAGGUGACCCAGUACCUCCCAGUGAAGGAGGGCAGCACCGAGAUCCCCCUCUUCCGUGUGGGAUGGUCCGUGGAUUUUUCCCGCUCCCAGCUCGGGGAAGACGAGGUUUCACUUUCUUCUUUGAGAAUACAGAACUGUUUAGGCGACGACGGACGAGGGCUGAAGGUGGAAAACGGGCAGUUUGAGGAAUUCGGGCAAAGUUUCGGGGAGAAUGAUGUCAUUGGCUGCUUUGCGAAUUUCCAGGACGAGGAAAUGGUGGAAAUUUCCUUUUCCAAAAACGGCGAGGAAAUGGGAACGGCUUUUCAAAUCCCGAAGGAAUCCCUCGGCGACAGAGCUCUCCUCCCUCACGUCCUCUGCAAAAACUGCGCCGUGGAACUUAAUUUCGGCCAGAAGGAAGAACCGUUUUUCCCCGUUCCCGAAAAUUACGUUUUCAUUCACUCCGUCCCCGUGGAAGACCGAAUCNCUGCUUCACUUCCGCCUUUUUUCCCUCCUUAUUUCCAGGUUUUGCUGAUGGUCGGGCUCCCGGGUUCGGGAAAAACCCAAUGGGCACAAAAACACACCCAGGAAAACCGGGAGAAACGCUACAAUGUUUUGGGAACAGAAAUUGUCCUGCACCAAAUGAGG